AUGAUUUCUCCCGCCGAUCAAGUACUCAUCGACCGUACGAAGGAUCGUGCACCAUCAGCCAUGGAGGUCGACGAUGAGCAAAAUCCUAUACAGGAGCAAGAACAAGAACGAGAUGCGUUUCUUCAAUUCAUCGAUUACUCCAAGUCGAUGUUAUCACCAGACGAAGACGAAAACGAAGAAAAUUCGAGCGGGCCAGGUUGGAGUUGGAUCGCAUCUCGGAUCCUAAGGACUUGUAUCGCUUAUUCGAGCGGUGUCACCUCUGCAAUUCUUCUCUCCGAUCUCUCUCAGGCUUGGAAUGAGCAGCACAAGAGUGGAGCUCCGAAGAAAAGGCCGGAAUUUAUUAAUCAGUUGAAAAAGAAGCAUAAGAGAGCGAAGCUUCCGAACACAGUUACGAUUGAUUCGAUUUAUGAGAAGAAAUUCUUGUCGUUGAGCAGUGUGGUUGAAGCUGUUAUUGUCGAUGCUUUUGUUCUUCCCGGGACAAAUAUCUACAUGCUUACUUUGGGGGAUUUUUGGAGCUCUAAUACCAUUGAUCUAUAUCUACACCGCAGGUUUUACAACUUAGCUGAUCCUAACAAUGGCAUUCUGAAAAAAGGGCGGGAGGUUUUCCUCACAGGAUGCUAUCUUCGGACUGCAUCUGAAGGAUCUGGUCAUCCACGACUUUUACCAACUGAAUAUCUUGUAAUAUUGUUAGAUGAGGACCAAGAUGAUGAUGCAAUGCUGCUAGGGGCACAGUUUUGUUCAGAUUCAUUCUCUUCCAUUACUCUUGAUGCAGCCAACAAAGGGAUCUCUUUUUCAUUGUAUGCAAGGAUUGAAUCUAUUAGGUCACUGGAAAGUCGGGGAAAGAAUGGUAAUUUGCAGACAAAACAAAUCACUCUUGUUGAUAAUGAUGGUGUUAGGUUGAAAUUUCUAUUAUGGGGUGAGCAGGUUCUGCUUGCCAAUCUUUUCAGGUAA